AUGAAGAAAAAACAUUUUGAAUGGUUCCUAUCGCAAAUUGAGUCAUUUCAAAAUUUUAAAAUUCAAUUGGAGCAGUAUUCAACGAGUGUUGAACUUGCAGAAGCAAUAUUGAAUGUAAUCGCAGAGGACGGCUGUAUUGACGGUUGCACUGUGGCGGAUUUGGGUUGUGGCCCUGGUAUACUGCUUCUGGGAGCAGUUAAACUCGGUGCAAGUUAUGGGUUAGGUGUUGAAAUUGAUGAAGAAGCAAUCGGAAUUUGUCAAAGUAAUAUUGAACGUUAUGAUUUGGGAAGCAGUGUUGAUGUGAUUUGCUUGGAUGUUACGAAAAAUAUCAGUGCUUUAAAGCCCAUAUUUGAUACUGUUAUCAUGAAUCCACCGUUUGGUACAAAAAAUAAUGCAGGCAUAGAUUUGCAAUUUGUUAAAGCUGGUUUAUCUAUUCUAAAGGAAAGGGGAAAACUUUUCUCGUUGCAUAAAAGUACCACAAGGCAGUACAUUACUAAAUUCGUCCUUCAAAAACUACCUGGUAUCAAUUCUGAAUGCAUUGCACAACUACGCUGGAAUUUACCUGCAACAUACGCCCAUCACAAGCGGCAGUCCGUGGACAUAGAAGUUGAUUUGUGGCAGUUUUCCAAAACUAGUUCUCCAGAUAGGUGA